GAGACACAUUAUUCAAUCAACCUCCCUCAUAAUACAGUAGUCUGAGUUAAUUUGAGAGCUUAGCUAAGCUGUAGAUAUAUCUAGACCAAUAGAGAGACUUUGAAACAGUUCAUAUACACUACUCAUCUCUAUUUAUCAGAGGUAUUCUAGCUGCUUGUUCUUUGUGAAAGCACAAAGGAUUCAAUAUGAAUGUGUUGGCCUCAGAAUGCAGUAGUGGUUGUGAGUCUGGUUGGACUCUAUACUUAGAGCAAUCUUUUCUUUCUCAACAUCCGAGUAAUGGUUUUUGUGAGGAGUUUAAGGAAAAAAGAAUUAGCUAUAGUAAUGAGGAUGAAGAAGAAGAAGAAGAAGAAGAAGAAGACCAGUCAAUGGUUUCUGAUGCUUCUUCUGGGCCUCCUCAUUUCAAUGAAGAUGAGGUUUACUUUGAUGAAAACAAUAAUGGGAGCUUUUAUCCUCCAUCCAAAGAUGUUCCAACAUUGAAGUUUGGAGGAAAAAAGCAGAAGAUCAAAGAAAAGGGUAGAUGUGGUGGUCAAGAUCAACAGCAACAGCAACCAUCUUUUCUAGAUGACACUGCUAGCUCCCCGUUCUUCAACAUUUCCAAGAACAAUUUCAUGGUGUCCAGUAAUCAAGGUUCAGGUGAUAGUGUCCUGGAUUUCUCACAAGGUUUCUCAUCAACUCAUUUUCAGGGGAGAUCUGCAUACCAAGACCAUUAUGGUUUCUUCCAACCUACUCUACCUGAGAAUCAACUUCAGGAUCAAAACCAGUGGUUUGAAGGGAAUGAGAUAACAAGAUCUUCAUAUCAUCAGUGAUAUCAUCAGUUGCUGCAUGUGUUAGUGUGGAGGUUGUAAAAGUAGAGACAUGGAAUUGGAUCUCAAAAAGGGGAUCUAAAUUUCUCCUUUCUUUUUUUUCUUUCUUUCUUUCCUUCACCUGUCAAUGUGUCAAUGCAAUGGGAAACAACCUAAGAGGAGAAGUUAGAAAUAAAUUUCCAUGCUUCCUAAAUUUAAUUCCAUGUGAACUUGUAGUGGUGCAACUGAGCUGAAAUUUUGCU